GGGACGCUCGGCCGGGCUUGAACACUUAACCGCCGCUGGGACUUUCUCCAACUUCUUCAGCUUCUUCCAAAAACCCGCUAUCGUCCCCCUGAAGCCCCCUUCUCUUCUCAGUCAUGUCCACGUCUUAACAGCGAACAACGUUUUUUGGAGCGCUGAUUUUGUUUAUGAAGCAGCGGAACUUCUCUUUCGAGAGGAUCCCGGAUUUCAGGAGCUCCGUCUGGAGGAGAUGGGAAUCGUGCUCGGGCAGCGAACAGGUUUCACAUGAUGGCCAAUCACUACUCGGCUGCGCGGAUUACACGUGAUUGUGGAUCGCGGUUGACCUGCCUGUCCGACUCUGAAGCGGACUGAAACUCCAGCUUCAGCGGAGCGACUCAGUCAGUUUGGCAACAGCGGAUCCAAACUUUCUGCAGAUCUCCUGCUUUAACCGACACUGGACUGGCUGGCGGUGCGGCGGAGCCCCGUGAGGCAGCACCGCGUUCAAAGAGAAGCUUAGUUUAGUGCUGAAGGAAGCACGCUGACUUUCCCGAUCCCUGUAUUUUGGAAUUACGAGCCCUUGGAAAUCUGCCGUGUUCGGAUACAAAUAAUACAGCUGGAAGGAGGAUCUACCUCGACAACCUGCUCCAUUCUGGAUUCCCUGGACGCCAAGUGGAUACGUACAGAGCCCCGAGGAGUGGAAUAAUGUGAAGUUGACACAGAGGAGUUUGAGUAGGACGACAGGAGAUUCAAGGCGAGGAGGGAGAGGUGCAGAACUUUGGCUGCCUGCGGUCUGCAGUCUGCAGCCUGGGCUGCCAGUAACUGCCGUUCUGGAGCUGAUCUGGAAGUCGUGAUUGAAGAAGUUCAUGCCAGUCUGCUGUGUUUAAGCCAAAGCGGAGCGGCUCCCCCGCUGCUGAGUGUUUGAAGGCUUGGAUCAAUGCACACUUCAGCAGAGUUUAUGCGCUCUUCUUCAUGCACUCUGUGCUUGGCCUCCCCUGUGAGCGAUACAGGCUAGCCAACGCUAAUUAUCGAUUAAUUAGCCUUGAUGGUUUAUUAUGCAUGUGAUAUGGAGUAAUAUCACCCUCCUGAAUCACAGUGCACGUUCCUCUUUACCUUGUAACAAUGCCCACUGCAUUUCCUGACCUCCUACAAGAGUUGUCUCAGCAGUUGCCUCUCUUUGCCUUUUCCAAGUUUCUGGACCAUGCAAGGCCAGAGCAGUAGACUUGGUCUUGAUUCUUAAAGGACGAAGCCAAGGCACCCACUUGCGAUCACCUCGCAAAGAGACCCCCCUCAGGAGAGCCGUGUGGAGCUUGCCGUUCGCCGUGUGGUCCGUGCAUUAUGCAGCCGGACCAAUGAGGGUCUCCGGGCGGCGGCUGGCCGGGCUGUGGCCGUGGCUGCUGGCGGCCGCCCUGCAGGCGGCGUUGGGCAACGCGGGCCUAGAGCUGGCGGCGGCCGUGGAGGCGGAGCGCUCGGCGCCCCGCGCCCUCAUCAAGGUCACAGUGCUGAAGCAGGAGCCCACGGCCAGGCCCAUCACCCUGGAGGGCGUGUUCGCCGGCAGCAGCGCCGGAUACGCCGAGGGCAAACUCAUGCAGUCUCAUCCAUUGUCUCUGUGUAACACCAGUGAGGAUGAGCGGCAGGAAAGCUUCUUCAUCAGCAUCGUUAAGCUGGAGAGUCCAGAGAGCAAAGUGCCACAGUGCCAGCCUCUGCUGGACAAGGCUCGGCUAGCUCUGCAGAGGGGGGCUCAGGCUGUCAUUUUUGACAUCAGCGAUGAUGCCGGCGCUGCUCAUGAGCUGCGUGACUCAGGCUCCCUCCCACGGCCGGUGGUGCUGGUCAAGGCGGCAGAUGCCGAGGAGCUGAUGGGACUGGUCAACAAGAACGAGGAGGCCAUGGUGAAGAUUGAGAUUAUGGUAGAGACGCCAAAAUGGCCUCACUAUGAUGUGGGGAUCAUGCUGACCGUUGUGGUGGCCGUGCUGGUCUUCAUCAUGUUCUUCGCCUUUCGCUCUCGCUGCAGGUCCAACAGAACCUGGGACUCAGUGCAUCAGCAGACCAUGCGGGCCAUCAGUAGGCUAGAGACACGGACAUACAGCUCUCAGGGCUGCUCUCAGCGCUCCCGUGGGGGUCGGGGCUCCAACAGUAGCUCCAACUCCACCCCCGUAUGUGCCAUCUGCCUUGAGGACUUCCUGGAUGGACAGGACCUGAGGAUCAUCUCAUGUGCACAUGAGUUCCACAAAGAGUGUGUCGACCCCUGGCUGCUGCAGCAUCGGACCUGCCCGCUCUGCAUGUACAACAUUAUGGGUACAGAGCUGCCCACUCGUCAGCCUCAGCGAGGCCGUCUGCAGUCGCCUCCAGAGCACAGCCAGGCCUUCCUGCACCACCACCCGCACCACUACCCAGCACCCCACUCUUACACCCAGCACCCCAUUCCGUUCUCCCUACGGUCCCCCUACCCACGUGGCCCAUCUGGGCCCUACCCCCAGCUUGGCCACUACAGUGGCUCUCCGCCCCUCCACCCUCGCAGCCUGCGCUGUCUGACAAGCAGGCCUCUGGGCGCUAGCUGCAGUUAUCACCUUGCUCCAGACGGCCACCGUGGUCGUCCUCACAGGACAUCUGGAGCCCACAGCUGCCGCGGCAUUGGACACCACUGCUCCGCCCCCCGCCGCACCUGUCAUCACUGCCCUUCCCCUGGCCGUGCACCUGGCAACCGGCCGCAUAACCCCACUAACCACCACCAUCACCACCAUGGUGGCCAUGGGGUUGGUGGCUCACAGAGUCGCCAGGACGACGGCAGCUGCUCGGGUGCAAGCUACCGCACGGAGCGCAGUGGCUACUUCCCUGACGGGCCGGCCAGUGACUCCAGCUCAGGCCCGUGCCAUGGCUCAUCCAGCGACUCUGUGCUCAACUGCACCGAUGUCAGCCUGCAGGGCGUUUAUGGCAGCCGCUCCACCUUCCGCAGCUCGCUCAGCAGCGAGUAUGACCCCUUCAUCUACUAUGGCCGGGACAGCUUAGAUGGCCCAAUAGCUGCUGCCAGGCCACGCUCGCUGGAUUCCGGGGUCAACCAGACAGGAAGUGGAGGAGGGUUCAGCCUUGAGGAACCUCAGCAGAAGGCUGUGUUCAGCCAUGUGCACUACCACAGACACAGACACCACUAUUACGACGAGGCUGAGCCGGGACAAGGGCCAGGCCGGGGCUCUGAUGAGGAGCAGGGUAGCGCAGGAGUGGCAGCAGGUGGCUCAGGUAGCGCUCCCACAGGUAAGGACUCACCGGGCAGCCAGGACUUGAGUUCUUACCCUUGCCACUGCCCCAAACCGGACACUUCAGAUAAGCUGAGCCCUGGCGGUAUGGAGGAUCGGGACUUAGGAUCUUCCUCCUCAGGACCCUCUGUGCUUGUCUCCAGCUCUGCCUUCCCCCCUCCUGCCUCAGCCUGCUGCCACCAGGGCCCAGGAAGGCCACACCGCCGGAAGACCAUCAGCCGCAGCCUGGAGGCUUCUGCGGGACCCUUCCCAGCUGUGCACUUCCAUCAGAACGUGGACCUUCAGGACGACUGUAGCAUCCAUAUCCACUAUGGACAGGGCGCAGGGGGCUACUGCUGCCCCCCGCCACCGGACUUGGGCGCUGCACUGCUGCCUGUGCCUCUCAUCCUGGACUCAGGUGGGCUGGGUGACUGGCCCUGCUGCGGCGGGGCGCAUAGGGUGUGGCAGAAGCGGGUCCAGCAGGCCCGCUCCGAGCCCCAACUGCUGGGCCCUAGCACUCCUCUGGACAGACCCCUGUGCAGGGCCCAUCACAGCCCUGGGCAUGAGCUGCCCACGGACAUCUGUCUCUACUGCCAAACUGUUCGCAAUAAUCAGGGAUCAGAGGAAGAGUCUGGUGUUUGAGAACUCUCUCCAUCCCCAAAACCUCACGCUGCUACACAAGAGCCGAAAUGGACAAAACUUAUCGGCCUCUCUCUCUCCUUCUUUCUUCUUUUCACUCACUUGUUCACAGUCUUCUGAAUAAUUCCACAUCACCAGUCAAGCUUCAUUUCCCAGCGUCCCUCAUUUCUCAAUGUCUUUUAAAGUCUGUAACUAAAGGGCUGACAGUUGUUUGGAUUUGAGGAAUCGGUGGAAUCCAUCUGGUCCAGCGUUCCUGACCUCAAACUCAUUUCCGGCAGUUAGAAUUGUUGGUUAAAGUGAAAUUCCAUCAGUUUCUCAAGAUUUCUGCUUAAUUACGUCAAUGCAAUGUCAUUCAGGGUGGUUUGAUUUUUCAAUUUUUUCGUUGCAGUAAAACUUAUUAAUGUAAAUUUCUUUACAGUGGUGUUAUUAGGAACUACAUGUAGCAACGUCUUAAUGUUUUAUUUACUGUCUAAAACAUCUAGAUUUUUAUAUGUGGUGGUAAAUCUGAAAAAAGGGCUUUUUGGAUGACUUUUUUGGCCAUACAAGGCCCUGCAUGUACCCCUCCACUAUGAAUUUGAACAUUGAACAUUGAUGAACAUUGUACAUCACAAUCCAAAACCUUCUCAAAACUAUUAAAAAGCAAUAUUUGAGGCAUCAGGCAGAGCAUUUCUUGUGAUAGCUUUCUGUGAGGAGCUUUUCGAGGCAUUAAACACAUCAACCGUCUGGUUCCUUUCACCACUGUGAUUGGUUUCCAACUCGCAUUUCACAUCAUUUAAUUAAGCAGAAAUGUUGAAACAUUGCUGGAACUUUCCUUUAAAAGGUACUAUCCGGGUACUGUUCUGGGUGUCAUUUGAACAUUGGGUCCAGUGAAUACUUGCCACUACAGGUUCUGAAUUGUCGACAGGUUCUUUUCUAUACUACUUCAGGUUUAACAUGAGUCAUUCAAUGAAGUGAGAUAUGUUGAUGUUGGAAAUUCACAAAAGGGUAACGUGAUUUGUUUUGUAAUUUAAUGUUUUCUUUCCCUCAUUGAAACCAUUCAGAAACUUAAUUCAAAGAAACGAGUCCAAGAAUUCCUCAGUUACCUCAAUGCCUCACCACAAACUCUGACAUAUCCAUAGCUGAGUAUUACCCUGCUGAGAUAGCAGUCUUUACAAAUCUCCUUUCAGGGAGGUCAAUAACAUUGAGAUUCGUGCUUUACAAGCCACCGUAGCUUUCUGUUCUGGUCUUGACAGUAUUUGAUGUAGGUGAUAAAGUGAAGAAAAAAAAACAAAAAGAAUACCUUUGUUCAUUACUGGUAAGCCAACACUCUGUACCACCAUAUGACUUCAUAUCCUGUGGGCUGCUAGGACCUUGAAGCCGAAUUAAAACCAGCAACUCUUGUGUCAUGGAAGGCGCUCAGAAAUCCACAUCCCUGUUACUCUUGCGAUCUUAUCUGUGCACCUGCAUGGUCGUAGCAGCCAUGAAGUCAUCUUAAUCGAUGAUGUAAUGCGCUGGGUUCAGUGCCUGCCUCUCUGUAUAGCUCUCUCUUUCUCUCUCUCCAGCCUACCUCAGAUAACCAAUCAGAAAAGUCCUGUUUGCGAGAUGGUACUUUCAAACAAAUUCUUGCCUGGCACCCUUCUCUGCGUACUUCUGAUUAAGUGGUAAACCAGAAGAGAGACAGGGCACUUUACAUUAAUCUGUCCUCAAAAAAAAAAAAAGAAAAAAAAAGGAUUUGCUGACUGUCCAGAGGUCAUUAAGGUUUAAGGUCUUGUGUUCGUUAAUUCGAGAAAGGCAGCUGUCAUUUGUUUCAUUUUUUUUUAUUUUGUUUGUUGUUUUGUUGUCGAAACUAAGCAAACUGACUGAAAAUGGUGUAGCGUUAGCAGUUAGCAGAGGUGCAAGGAUUAAAGAAGCUACUUUCCGCUUUGGUCAUUUUUUCCGUAUCGGCUGUACAGUGCUUGCGUUGCUCGGGCUGAGGAAGGAUUACACUGCCCCUUGGUGCCUUCUUUCACCUCUGACCUUUACCUUGCAUGUGAUGCCUGCAAGUAUCCAUAAGGAUGUGGUCAUUUCAGAAACAGUUGCCAGCUUACAAGCUCACCAAAGGUGCCUCUUGCCCAGAUUUCUCACUACCUGAUGUUUGUUUUCAUUACUUCCUCCUUUGUUGCUUAUUUUGAAAUUAUGGUAAAAGCAAUGUCAACUGAACCUUAAAAAAGAGAAAAAAAAACAUAUAUUGGUAUAUUGAAUGGUCUGAGAAUUACUGAAAUAAGUGCAUUCUUGAAUGGCUCGAGAAGUACUAAUGUAAGUACAUUCUUGAAUGAUCCAAGAAGUACUGAAAUCAGUGCAUUUUUGAAUGGUCCAAGAAGUAAUCAGUGCAUUCUUGAAUGAUCCAAGAAGUAAUCAGUGCAUUCUUGAAUGAUCCAAGAAGUAAUCAGUGCAUUCUUGAAUGACCCAUUAAGUACUGAAAUCAGUGUAUUCUUGAACGAUCCAAGAAGUACUGAAAUCAGGGCAUUCUUGAAAGGUCCAAGAAGUACUGGAAGUACUGAUGUAAGUACAUUCUUGAAUGAUCCAAGAAGUAAUCAGUGCAUUCUUGAAUGACCCAUUAAGUACUGAAAUCAGUGUGUUCUUGAAUGAUCCAAGAAGUACUGAAAUCAGGGCAUUCUUGAAUGACCCAACAAGUAUUGAAAUCAAUGCCUGAAUGAUCCAAGAAGUACUGAAAUCAGUUCUUUCUUGAAUGGCCCAUAUAAGACCUGAAAUCAGGGCAUUCUUGAAUGGCCCAAGAAGAACUGAAACGAGUGCAUUCUUGAAGGGCUGAAGAAAUACUGAAAGGAGUUCUUUCUUUAAUGACCUGAGAAAUACUGAAAUCAAUCCCUGAAUGGCCCAGGAAGUAUGAAAUCAGACCAUUCUUGGUCAUUUUGGUCUCACCCAUACAGAAUAUAAUGUAUUAAAAUUACAAUAAAUUCUAUUUAGAUUUUGGAUUAUAUUGAUAGCAGCUACCCCCUUCCACAUGGAUAGAUAACCAGUAGAUGUUGUCUGUUGUCUUUAGUCUUAAACAGGAAGAGCUACUAAAGCAGUUCUUAAAUCAAUCUAAAAAGCAAUAAUGAAACACUGGAAAAUUGCCACUAAACUUAUACUUUUGUAGCUUUCAUAUACAGUGUUUAUUGAAGAUUAUGCAAAGUUGUUCUCAUCAUUUAAAAGUUUAAAUAUGUCUAAUGAUUCUAAUUUUCAGAUUCAGAGUUUCCUUAGUGCCUAAGGUUUCCCAUGAAAGUUUUUUCACGUGUCUCUUUUCAGUAAGCGCAGAUGUUUUGGCCUUAAUGCUACUGCAGCUGCCCCCUUUGUCUUGCUGGCUUUGUAAUCACCGCCAUAUUUUUGGACACCUUUGUACAAAUUCAAGAGUGGCUUUAUCGAAAACCAUAUGAAAUUCAGUGCAGAUGUUACCGUAUUAUUAUUCAUCCUUGCAAAAUAUUGUGCUUGGCAAAAAUGUGGAAUGUUGAAACUGAACUAAUCCUACAGACUAAACCACUAUUACUUUAAUCCUACAUUUCAACUGGCAGUGCUAGAAGAGUAACUCUGUUAAACCAAAGUCUUUUUAAAGUAAUGGAAAGCGAAAUGAUUAAACGGUUGAGUCAUGUGAUGGAUAUCUAACAUGGAUCAAACGUAGAAUAGAUUGAUUGUCAUUUGCAAUCAUGGACAAUAAAUAAGUGCUCUUAACUUGGAUUACCAUAAAUUUGCCUUUCAGGACACUUGCUUUGCACUUCUUUGUUGCCUUUAAUCUCAUGCAAUGUCUCAGCCUAUAAUGCUAUUUCAUCGCAGGUUUUGUCUUAAAAUAACUCGAUCAGCACUUUGGCUUUGUAAAAAUUACAAAAAAUGAUUUAGGAGAGGAACUCGAAGCAAAACAAGCUAAGCAUUAUGUAGCUACCGGUACCAGAAAACAUCAUGGAAAUCUAUGAAAUGUCACUGAACAUUAAGGGUGAUUUUGUUUCCUUUUUUGGUCCUUUGUUUUUUUCAUUGUUUAUUUGCUUUUCUUGAUGGCAAAUGAGCUGAAACUGCCUUUUAAUAGAGCAAAUUCCCUCCAGAGACCGAAGGGAUAUGCCAGUAUAUUUUCGAUAUUUUGUGUAAAAAAAAAAAGAAAAAAAAAAAGAAAAAAACUUUAAUGAGAUAAAGUGUUGUAUUUUAUAUAGACAUUUUUAUAUAUAAUAAAAAACAUU